GUGUCAUUCUGUCGUUGAAAACAGAGUUAACGUGAAAAUGUCAAUCUAUUGAAAGUUUCAGGGUGGAAUAAAAAUCAAAAGUAACAAAAUUUUCCAUAUAAGAACGAAUACCACAGGUAUGAUAGGCUGAAACAUGUCUAACACUGGCAGAAGACUUCGGGAAAACAAUGAGGAAAUCCUGAAAUACAUCAAUCAGCUCCGGGAACAAAGGAACGAACUGGGAUUUCUGGUGGAGAAACAGAAGACCGAAAAGGCCAAUCUUGAGGCGGAAAUGGCCAGAAUAACUUACAAGCUCAGCUUGAUAAACAAGAGCUUAGGCCAAAGGGCUCGGGCCCUACACUUGUACGACACGACCAUAAUGGAAAUAGAGGCUAAAUACAAGGGCCUAGCCGAUUCUACCCAAGGUCUCUUGUCUCAAGUAAGAACGGAGUCCUCAAAUUUGGAAAACAGCAUCGACAAACGUAUCGGGACAGAGAGUGAGUGCAAGAAUUGUCCCCGAUGCGACCUGGACCCACAAAAUCAAUUGAGGACUCAAGUCUCAGGUGCCUUGAGCGAGAUCCCAACGAAACAACCGAACGAAGGGGAGAAGAGAAACACCAAGAUUGAGUACAAGGGGCAUUCCCACACGGAGGAGCAGGCUCGCAACCUAUCCAACAACCCCAUCUACAGCAGGGCCAUGGAAUACCCCAUGAUGCUAUCGCCGAUGAUCAACAAGGAGCACUUGGAACAGAUAAAGGAGAAGAUAGCGAGCAACAGUGCCUCGAGUCAGGGACUCAAAAACCUCUCGGCUUCUGACAACAAGAGACCGUCUGAAGGGAGUUCCGUUUAUCGACAAAUCAUUUCGCAUGCGGCCAACGAAUCACAGAAAGAUGGCGAACUUUCUCAAUCCACCGUAGCCACUGGGAACUUCAUAGACGGUGAUUAUUCUGAUAUUCAACCAAGCAGGGAUAUAUCGGGAGAUGAGUCCCCUAUGUACAAGGAAAUGAAACCCAAAGAAAUCACACCCUUAGAAUCCCCGGUCCCAAGUUCCGUAGACAUGCAAGUUACAGAUGCUGAAAAAUCCAUGAUAGAAGACUAUGACGAUGUCAUAGAAGAAGUCGAGAGCGGGUCCGAUUCCAUUGGAUCUGGUAUGUUAACGCCAGCAAGCAGUUUCCUUAAAAGGACAAUGGUAAAUAAUAGCAUCAAAGAGGCAGGAAGACGACAAAGUAUAUUGAAAACUAACAAAAGGAGAUCCUACCUGAAUUUCAGAAAAGAUUCGUAUCCUGAAGGCGAUAAUUGAAAAGGAAAACUUACAAGUAGAGUAAAAACCAGGUAUGAUCAAUUCUGGGUUUUUUCAACAGAAUAACUGUAAAGACUAAAUACAAAUACUAACCCUGUUCAA